AUGAUUCAUCACGAUGAUCUUCUUUCACCAAGAUCUGUUAAAAAUCUUUCUAAUAAACCAUAUAAAGCCUUACAAACAUUACAUAAUGCUCAAAUUAGUGUUCGUUUACCAAAUCGUCUACUUAUUCAUGCUGUUGAUCAAUAUCUUAAAUAUUUACGAAACGAAACAAUUAAAAAUCAGACAAUCAAUAAUGAUUUAUCCAAUGGUGUAGUCAAUAAUAAAGAGAAGAUUCUAAUGGCUCCGCUUUCAUUAACUACAGAAACUUCACUCGAACGAACAGUUGAAGAUAUGGUAACUUUUGAAUUUGUUGAAAAAGUUCGUAAAUCAUUCAUGGAAGCUGAUACUGAUAAUACAGGUUAUUUGGAUGUUAGUGAAUUUACUGCAUUUAUGCGACAAACCUAUUCUGAUAUCACUGAUCGUGAAGCACAAAUCAUAUUCAUGAAAAUAGAUACAAAUUGUGAUGGAGAAGUUGAUCUUUCAGAAUAUUUAACAUAUAUUUUAUUUGAACAUCAAGAAAGAGAAAUUAUGUAUGAUAUGUCGAAACCAAUGCCUUAUCCAAAUAAUCCAAAAGAAUUUACAUUAAAAAAUCUAUCACUUGAUGUUUAUAUUGAUUUUCAAUUCUUUCCUGGAAUAUCACGAGCUGGUAUAAUUCUCGAUCAAAUUGAUUAUACCUAUGGACGAUAUAUAUCCAUAACACGUAAUGGUAUUGUAUCACAUUGGUCAUUAACAUUAAAACUUAUUCGAGAAUCAAAAAUUCAAUCAAUUGAACAAAGAAAACAAACUCUUCCAUUAUGGAUAACAUGUAUGUGUGUUUUACCAGAUAUGAAUUAUUUUGUUAUAGCAACUACUGAACGUGAUCUAAUUUUUUAUGAUAUUAAUUCACAUAUAUAUACAGGUUCUAUUAUAAUUAAUCAUUUUCCAGCUAGUUUAAGUACAAUUACAUAUCGAAUGAAUCUUAAAAACUCAUUUCAAUCAGCAAUUUUUUGUGGAGAUUCAUUAGGAAAUUUAUUUGUUUUUCAAGCUAAAGAUCAAUAUAAACCAAUGUUUCAUAUAUCUGAUACAAUACAUCAUAUGAAAUCAGAAUCAAUUAGAUAUUAUUCAUUUCCACGAAUUAUUAAUAAUGAAUAUUUAACAAUAUCAGUAAUUAAAUUUUGUAAUUUACAUUAUGAUUGCAUUGUACAAAUUAAAUGGAUUAAUGAUCUUGAUUUAUUUGUAUCAUGUGCAUUAACAUCAAAUAAAAGUUUAUAUAUCGGAGAUUUACAUAAAAAAACAGAAAAAUAUGCAAUGGCAAAAAAAGGUUUUGGAGUGUUUGAUUAUUGUACGGCUCAUCGAUCGAUCGUCACUGGUGGUAUUGAUGGUAUCGUUCGUUUUUGGGAUCCAUUUGUUACAGAACGAGCAGCAGCUAUUUUACGCGGACAUAAUUCUUCUAUUACUCAUCUAGUUGUUGAUAAUCGAGAAGCUCAUAUCAUCAGUAUUGAUAAAGGAAAAAAUAUUAUUGUUUGGGAUGUUCAAACAUUAAAAAUGAUACAACGUAUAUCACAUACAAUUCUUGAUCUAUCUGGACAAGAUUUAACAAUAUGUUAUUUAAAUCCAAUUCAACAAAAUUUAAUUAUUGGUAAUAGAAAACUUCUUUCAUUAUCACAUACCAAUGAAUUAUAUACACAUAAUGAACGAACAUCACAUUUUUAUCCUAUAACACAAAUACUAUAUAAUCCUCUAUUUAAUGUUAUCAUAUCAUCGGAUGAAAGCUCAACUGUCAAUAUAUGGAAUAUAGUAACUGGUGAAAAGAUAAUGCAUAUAUUAAAUGCACAUGUUACACAAUUUGAUGAAUAUAAUGAACAUGCUGUUGAAAUAACAGCUAUGUGUUUAGAUGAAACUAAACGUCGUUUAAUAACAGGUGCACAUGAUGGUUCAUUAGCAUUAUGGAAUUUUAAUAAUGGACAUAAUCUCUAUCGUAUUAAUUCAAAUGGAAUACAUGCAAAAGAAAUCACAGCAUUAUUACAUGAAAAUGAACGCUUAUUUGUUGCUGGUUGGUCAAGACGUAUUCGAGUAUUUCAUCUGGGUAAAUCAGUUGUUAUUCGACAAGCUAGUUAUGAUGGCGAUAUUAUCUUAUGGACUAUCGAAACAGGAAUGCCGUUUAUGAAAUUAAAUUCAUUUGAAGAUACUAAACCAAAACUUAUCUCACUUUCAUGGCUCUAUAAACAAACGACAAAAGGUGCAAUUCAAGCUAUUUUUCCAAAAUAUUUUUCUCGUCGACGAAUUAGAAAAUUACAAAGACGCCAUGUUGAUAAUACAGAACGAAUUCGUCAAUCAUUACUAAGUCAUCUUCGAACAAAUUAUGAGACAGCAGUUGAGAGCUCUUUAAAAUCUCAUACUAAUCUUGAAUCGAAUCAAUCAACAGUUUCAUCUGAUUAUCAUUUAGAUCAAUUGAUUUUUCUUCAUACACGUGAAGUAAAUCCUUUAACAGCAACUCUUGUUACUGGCGGUAGUAUGGGUUGGAUUUGGUGGUGGUCUAUUCAUGUAAUUGGAAAUUUAAUUGCCGUUUUUAAUGGAGCAAGAAAACCUCAAGAACAUAUUUUAGCAAUGUGUGUUGAUGAAAAAUGUAAUAUUUUAUUUACAUCUGAUACAGCUGGAUAUGUUGCGUUAUGGUUUAUUGGUGAUUAUGCUUGUAAACAACCGGAUUCAAAAGAAAAACAAAUGAAAUUAGUAGAAGAAAAAAAUCGAAUAUUAACUAAAUUUUCUUCUAAUUUACAUGCAACUACUAACGAAAUACAAGAAAUGAGAAAUCAAGCUGAACAUAAACUACGAGAUCAUUUAGGAACACCAUCAAUAACUAUAAAUCAAGAUCGAGCAACAUUUUUAACGAAUACUGUUAUUUAUCCUCAUUUAUUAAUUACAUAUCGUGCACAUCUUCGACCGAUAACAUCAAUAGUUUAUGCGAAUGAUCGUGAAAUUGUUAUAACAAGUUCAAUUGAUUGUACAAUACGAUUAUUUACUCUUACUGGACGAUAUAUCGGUUUUAUGGGUCAAUCAGUUUCAUGGGGAUUAUUAAGUUCAACGAUAAUAUUAAAGGAUUUACCAAAACGAAUUCCUGAAGAUAUACGUCGAAAAGGUUCAGCAACAACACUAGAAGUACUUCGUGGUGAUAUCGGAAAAAGAUGGAAAUUAUUGAAACAUACAAUUGUUGCAUGGACUUCAUUACCUAUAUUUCAAUAUUUUUAUCAUAAGAAAGAUGUUGAAAUUCAACAAUCAUCUGAUAUUAUUCAAGAACAAUCGAAUAUUCAUAAUGAAAUGAAUGGUUUAGUAAUAAAUCAUUCACAAAAAUUAGAUACUGAAGUUAGACACGAAUGGAUACAACGUCGUGAACGUCUUUAUCAUAGGAUUGGAUUAGAUCGUGUAGAUUUUGUAUCGAUUACUAAAAAACCAUCGAUUGAAUCAUUACUUAAAACUCAACGAGAUAAUUUUGGUAUUAAAAUGCCUGUACUUGGUCGAUUUGUUCGAAAAUAUAUGCAACAUAGACCGAAAUCUGACUUCAAACAUUUAAAAAUUCAUGGUGGAAAAGCAAUUAUUUAUUCUCUAUUACCGUUAGCACCAUCACCAGAUAAUAUUCCUGAAAUCAUAUUGAAUUCUGAUGAAAUUCAAAAUGAUACUUUUUCAGAAUAUAGCGGUACAAAAUUGAAAGAGAAAGAAAGAUUAUCAUCUCUAAAAUUGAAUGGAAAUUCAAUUAUUCCUUCUAGCGAAUUAUUUAUAAAAGAAGAUAAAUUACCUAGAAUAAAAAAAAGACAAAAUCGUCAAAUAUGUUAUUUGAAUAAAUUUUGA